AGCCAUUGGGGCUCAGUCGGCAGGAUGGCGGCCGACCGUUCUUCAGCCGCCCACCUGGCCAUCGAGACUCGGGCUCGGCAAGUCGCCCAGGACCGCGCGUGGCUCGGUCCCUGGGACCUCCUUGUCGCUUCGCGUUGCCAUGGGAUGCCGGUGCGUCUCCUUUUCGACGCGCCCGUCUCGCUCCAGCAUGCGGUGGACGUUGUGUGCGGCGAGGCUCUGUGUGCCAAGUUGUCCGUGCCCUCUGUUUCGGCCGCCGCGUCUGACGCCGGCGUCGUGCUCGUGGCAACGACAGCGACCUACAGCCAGCUGGACCGACUGUACGCGGAUCUCACCCAUUGGGUACCGGCUCGCGCGCUGGCGGAUUCAGGCCAAGAGGCGGAGGCUCUAGAGGCCUCCUUGGAGGAGUCUGCUUGCGUUCGCAUGCGGACGGCAAUGGAGCAGGCCGCUUCCGCGGAGCUGGACGGCGCAGACAUGGCCCGCCUACUGGCCCACACUUCGGCUUUUAGCCUGCUGAUGCGCCUUCGGCUUUUAGCCUGCUGAUGCGGUCGUUGGACACACCGCGCGCAGCAUGCUGCGACAGCUCUGCCACUUCUUCCGUUUUCUUUUUUACUGCGGCCCCGC